AUGAAGGGUAAAUCCUCCCCAAAUCCUCCCAAUACAGCCAGGUUUCUCACCCUCCUCUUAGCGGUCCUGCAACGCGUCAAGUCGGCCUCGGUCACCGUCGAUAACCAGCUCAUCUCCUCCAUCGGUCGCGGAAUCCUGGUGUUUGCCGGCGUGGGCAAAGAGGAUACGGAAAAGGAUGUCGAUUCGAUGGCUGCAAAAGUUUUAAAGGCCAGAUUGUGGCCCGAUGAGACGAAUACGAACAGCGCUUGGAAAAGGAAUGUUCAGGAUAUUGAAGGAGAAGUCCUAUGUGUUUCACAAUUCACACUCUACGGACACAUCAAAAAAGGCAACAAACCCGAUUUCCACAACGCCGCCGACGCCGAGACAGCUCGACGUCUCUACGACCGAUUCGUCGCCAAAGUCCAAGACCUGUACAAAGCCGAGCGGGUCAAAAACGGCGUCUUCCAGGCGAUGAUGGAAGUCGAGCUGAAGAACGACGGACCGGUGGGUGUUGAUUACCGCAGUGCGGAUGGAGCGGUUACGAUUGAGAUUUGCACGGAUCUUCCCAAGUCGGAAAAGUCGGAGAGCAAGGACAAGGACAAGGACAAGGGAAACAAAGGAAAACAAGCCCAGCCCAAGACAGAGGUCGACGCAGAAGGACGAAGGCUGAUCGAGUUUACGCUUCCCAAGACGAGGGGUACCGCGAGCUGCUGCAUUCUGCGGGGCUUCACGGCCAAAGAGAGCGCAUGGAAGCUUCCUGAAAGCCAGUUGAGCCCUUUUCUUCGUCUUCUCCUCACUACUCAAGUGUUGUCUCUCAUUACUCUCUCGGCCUCACUCACCUCACUCUACUUGACAACCCUCACAAUGGCUAACAAAGGCCGGUCGCGCGUGUACCUCGAUAUCGAGAUUGGAGGUAGGAAAGAGGGAAGGCUUUCCCUUGAACUGUUCAACGAUGUUGUCCCCAAGACGGCCGAAAACUUUCGUGCACUGUGCACGGGCGAUAAAGGUGUAGGAAAACAGGGCAAACUUUUGAGCUUCAAGGGCUCUAUUUUCCACCGCGUUAUCAAACAAUUCAUGAUCCAGGGAGGUGACUUUACUGCCUUCAACGGAACCGGCGGUGAAUCCAUCUAUGGCGAGAAAUUCGAGGACGAGAACUUUGACCUCAAGCACGACCGCCCGUUCCUUUUGUCCAUGGCCAACUCGGGGCCGGCCACCAACGGCAGUCAGUUCUUCAUCACCACUGUCGAGACGCCGCAUCUCGACGGCAAACACGUCGUGUUCGGCCAGGUCAUCAACGGGAAGAGCUUGGCUCGCAAGAUCGAGAACCUGCCCACCCAGGCCGACAAACCCCAAAGUGAUGUGGUCAUCGCCGACUGCGGCGAAUUGACGGGCGAGGACUAUGACAACGCCGAUAAAAAGGUCCUCGACGUCACUGGCGAUGCGUUUGAGGACUACCCGGCCGACUACGACGGCGAGUUGACCGCGUCUCUGGUUUAUGAGAUCGCAUCGAAGCUCAAGGAUCUCGGAAACACAGCCUUCAAGAGCGGCAACACGUAUCUGGGGCUGGAAAAAUACCAAAAGGCGCUCCGAUACCUCAACGAGUUCCCGCAUGCUGAUGACAACGACCCCAAGGAGCUCGACGGCCAGCUCAAGGCUCUUCGAUUCACCCUGCACUCCAACUCUGCUCUGCUCGCAAACAAAAACAAACGCUUCAAGGACGGCAAAACCUGGGCUGGAUACGCCCUGGAAACCGCGGAUGCGGCCAAGGCAAAGGACGCUGACCGCGCCAAAGCCUACUAUCGCCGCGCCGUCGCGGAAGUCGGGGUCAAGGAGGAGGACGAUGCUCUCAAAGACCUGGAAGCAGCGCUCAAGCUUGCGCCUAAUGAUGCCGGUAUCAACAGCGAGUUGGCCCGGGUGAAGAAGAUCAUUUCGGACGCUGAGAAGAAGGAAAAGGCAGCCAUGAAGAAGUUUUUCUCGUGA